GGAAGUUUCCGAGGGGUUUUAGACGUCCCUGUGGACUCUGGACGCAUUGCAAAGGAAGAGCGGGGGACGAGCACGCUGUGCAAUAAACAGUCCAAGCCAAGCAGCGAGGAAGCAAGGGAAAUAGUGGCAGAGAAAAUAACAGCAACGUUUACAACCUCUGCCCUUCCUCCCAGAAUCUGCAGUACAAAGGCCUGAAGAUUGAGCAGUCACCGAAGGAGUGAGAACAUGGAGGCUGAUGUUCACAACAGGAAAGUUUCUUGGGAGGUUAAUGGCUCCCUGGUCCCAGUUGAGCUGCAGCGCGGUAACAGGUCGGAAAGUCCCACUCCCGGGCUGCUGGAAGGCACGGAGCCAGGAGCAGGACAGGAGAGCGCAAUGUUUGUCCACACCAGGUCCUAUGAAGACCUAACUGAGGACGAUGAAGUAAAGAGGUGCCUGGACAGUGUGGAUGAGGGUGGCACCGAGCAAUCCCAAAUCGAAGAGAUCAGCAAAGAUUUUAAUGAGUUGAGCACACAGCUGACCGGCGUGGCGAUGGACGUGAACAAGGAGAUGAGAGACAGUGACGCAGAGGGUGAGGUGUCGUCCGGAUGUCCGUGCAGAGAAUCGGUGCUGAGUGACAAAGAGGAGGACGUAACGGCCGACUCGUGGAAGGAGCACCGCAAGCACGUAUUUGUCUUCAGCGAUGCUGGAAAGCCGAUAUAUUCUCGUUAUGGGACAGAGGAAGCUCUUUCCUCCAUGACAGGGGUGAUGGUAGCACUUGUGGCUUUCAUUGAGGCAAGCAAAGAUAUGAUCAAGUCCAUCCAUGCAGAGGGUUACAAGGUGGUUUUUAUCCGUCGAAGUCCUCUGGUCCUCGUGGCAGUAACGCACACCCGCCAGUCAGAGCAGGAAGUGGCCAAAGAACUUCUGUAUGUUUACUACCAAAUCGUUAGUCUCCUGACUUUAACGCAGCUCAACAGGAUCUUUGAGCAGAAGAAGAACUACGAUCUUCGGCGGUUGCUCUCUGGGUCGGAGAGGAUAACCGAUAAUCUCCUCAAUCUAAUGGACAAGGAUCCCAGCUUCUUAAUGUGUGCUGUGCGAUGCCUACCACUGUCGUCUUCUGUGAGGGAUGUGAUUAGUAGCAGCCUCCAGCAAGCCAAAGACAAAAGUCUUGUCUUCUCCAUUCUAGUUGCCCAGAACCAACUGGUAUCGUUGGUGAGGAAAAAGGACCAGUUUCUACAUCCCAUCGAUCUCCAUCUUCUCUUCAACCUCAUCAGCGCAUCUACCUCCUUCCGAGAUGGAGAGGUCUGGACGCCGAUAUGUCUACCCAAGUUCAACUCCAGUGGUUUCUUUCAUGCCCAUAUCUCCUACCUUGAUCAGGCAAGCAGCCUGUGUUUGCUCCUCAUCUCCACGGACAGGGAGCACUUUUUUCCCAUCUCAAACUGCAAAAGUAAAUUCCUGGACCGGCUGAAGAAGCGGAAUACCUUCCAGAUGCUGCUGGAAGAGCUGCAGACUCCAUCUUACAGCAUUUCGCAAGUGGGGAUACCAGAUCUGAGGCACUUCAUCUACAAAUCAAGAAGCUCAGGUUUGUUCACGAGUCCUGAAGUAGAAGCUCCAUACACAAGUAAGCAGCAGCGGGAGAGACUCCUGGAGCUGUAUCAGUAUUUGUACAGCCGCAUUCACAACUCUGCGAGGCCUCUGAAGUACAUCUAUUAUGCAGGAGAACGGGAGAACCUUCUGGCAUGGGUUACGAAUGGAUUUGAACUCUACAUGUGUUUUACUCCAAUGGGAACCAAAGCAGCAGCAGUAAAUGCUAUCACCAAACUGAUGAAGUGGAUCAGGAAGGAAGAAGACAAGCUCUUCAUCCUCAACCCAGUGACGUACUGAUGCUGCCUUUAACAGUUUCCCUUGUUACCUCCAGAGAGAACAGAGAUGGACUGACUACUGAGAUUGUGUGGCAAGUGAUUGAAAGCUUACAGACCAUCAAGAUGGUCAUAACACCAAGGGUGAGAAACAUAAUGUUAACUCUUUGUAAAAACACUAUUUCCAUUUCAAACACUUUACUCCAACCUCUUUGGUUUUCCCACAAGUCUCUGUCUUAUCCAGUGUUGAAUUCUGGAGGUAUGUUUGUAUUGUAGGAGCAAUAAAUAAACCCAUAGGAUCCAAUGCACUGAAAGAAAAUGGUCACUGCUCGAAAUUAGUGAGGGGUUCCCAGGAUAGCGCGCCUCACCAAUGGUGAAAUAUCUUGCAUCAAACCUUAAUUCAUUAUCCCGAAUAGGAGUCCCCGAAUUUUUGUUUUUAAACAAAAUGUAUAAAAUAUUGUUCAAGCAUGAACCAUGACCUGUCUUGCCUCUAAUUAGAAGGUUGUGAGCUCAACUCCUUCAGACUCCUGAGCACAAAACUCUAGACUGACACUCCAGUCCAGCACCAAGGGAGUGCUGCAACCUCUCUCAGAUGUUGAAUAGCUCAAGGCCCUUGAGAGGAGUGAGAGUUAUCCCCAGUGUCGUGUCCAAUUUAACCCACACUCAGCAUCGCAAUAUGACCAACGAUCUAGUCAUUGUCACAUUGCUGUCCAAAUUGGCUGCCAUGUUUCCUACAUGAUAACAGUGACUACUUAUAACAGAAGUAUUUGAAAGCAUUUUUAUGGUGUCCUUAGAUUGUCAGACAUGCUCUAGAAAGUACUUUUUUUUGUUGUAUAAACGGUCGUGCACUUUGAUAUGAAUUUUGGAAUCCUUUUGGUCUGUAAUCUUCAGAUACCAAUGGAGAGACUUCAGCUCACAUCAUUGUUUCCCAGGCUGCUGCCCAGUUGGCCUGGAAACAAUGAAAUAAAAUGGCUGCUGGGCUCUAUCUCAGUGGAAAUUAGGAAUUGGAGGAGGACAUUCAGCCCCAUGAACCUGUGCUGUGAAAGUGCAGGGAUUCGACUUUUAAGAGGAGGGUCUUGCUGCAAAGGUUCAUUUGAAAGACAAACUGUGGGUUACGCUGAACAGGCUAUCCCUGGGUAACAAAUGGAUUCCGUUUUUACAGAUGUCCAUAAGUGGAUUUGUGCAUAAGUCAGAAAAUACACAAAAAUCACUGUACGGUAACCAUACCUCCACAGUAUUGUGAUGAAUGGCAUUAAAAGCACAUAAGACUGGUAAGGAGGAGCAAUUGCUGGAAGCCGAGAGAGAGAGAAAGAGAGGAAACUAGUUCUGCCGCUCGUAGGAACGAACGUGUAUGUAUGUAUGUCGGAACUUUGAAUUUAACAACAUUACGGGAGUUCAUUCGUAUGUGGGGAUGUCUAUAAGUUGGGCAUUCAUAACCUGGGAAUAGCUUGUAUAUGGGAACCUGAGCUUGGUCUUUGACGAGAGGCCUCUGGUGGAGGUAGACAGUCCGAUAGUUAAUAAACAGAUUGGAGUGCCCCAUUUUGGAUUAAUGGAAAAGCAGACCAUCUGACCUGGGUUUGUGAAUACUUUAGGUCUAAUUUGCAUCUGUAAUCAGUGCAAUAAGAGGGAAAGUUAUCCCAGUGAGUAAUGCAGCCCCAGGCCCCACCAUUUUCCAUUUCUGCAGCUCCUUUAACACGGUAAAGUGCUCUGAGGUGCCUCACAGGAGGGUUACCAAGAUUUGGCAGGUGAGGAACAAGGGAAGGUUUGGAUGAAGAAGUCGAUUUUAAGGAGCAUCUUAAAGGAGGUGAGGAAAGUGGACAUGUUUAGGGAGCAAAUUACAGAGCCUGGAGCUUUAGCUGUUGAAGACACAGCUACCAGUAGUAACACUUUUUAAAUCAGGCUAUACAAAAAACUGGAAAUUGAUUGCAGAUAUCCUGCAAAAGUUGUAGUCAUGAACGUGGAAGGAAUCGCGUCCAUUGGUCUCUCCACUGAAGGACAGGAUUGCAUUUAGUUUUGUACCACGUCUGCUUAAGCUGAACCAGGGGUAACUUUAUUUUUCCCCUCUGCUUUCCCUGAGGUAAUUCCUACAGGCUGUCACCAAUUGGUCCAGUACAUUCCCUGUUCCUCUCCAUCCCAGGGAAGGAUUCCUUUGGCUUGACUGCUCAUGCUCACAUAGUCGCAGUAUGAAAUUCUCUAAGGAGCUUGGGUGCAAUGUAGUUUUUAUUUUCAAGUUAAUUUCUCCUCUGAUGGACUGGGCAAAGUAAGCUGAUUGGAGCCAGGGAGUGCAGACGUUACAGUAGCCUGAUUUAAAAUCUGCAAGGAACCUGGCUUAUACACCUUCAGAAUAUACACAACGAAUGUGUGUGAGUGAAAGGGAGAGGGAAGGUGUGUCAGAAGAAGAGAGAGAUGGAGUGUGUGUAAAACAAAAAGGAGAGAGAGAAAGUGUGCUGCAAGAGGGAGACCUGAUGUCACAUGGUCACUGGAAUUGAGGCCACUCUCUCACUGUCUCUGUCCAUACCUCUGCUUUUUGUUUUAUCCAACCCCCCCCCCACCCCUUCAAGAAUUUAAUGUAGUUCCUUUUUGAAUGUAUUUCCUGCUCCCCCCUCCCCCAACCUACCACCAGCUCGGCAGUGCAUGCCACACUCUAACCAGUUGCAUUGUAAAAGAAGUUAUUCAUCUUGUCACUUUUCGCAUUCAAUCAGUAACGUGCCAGGGAAGGGGGAAGUAAUGGAUUUUCCAGUUCAAAGAGAACUUUACUGAACACGUCGUGGUCACAAAGCACAGAAACAGGCCCUUCAGCCCAUCGUGUCCAUGCCAACCAUCAAGCAUCUUUCUUUACUAAUCCCAUUUACUAGCGCUUGGUCCAUCGCCUUUUACGCCCUGAUGAUUCGAGUGCUCAUCCAGAUGCUGUUGUGAGAGUACUUGCCUCCACCACAUUCUUGGGCAGUGUUUUACACAUUCUUACCGCUCUCUGGGAGGGGGAGAAAAAGAAUCCUCAGAUCCCCUCUAAACCUCUUGCUUCUCUCCUUAAACCUAUGCCCUCUGAUUUUAAAUAUUUGGGGAAAUGUUUCUCACCAUCCACCCUAUCAACGCCUCUCAUAAUUUUGUACACCUCUAUCAGGUCUCCCUCUGGCCACCUCUGCUCCAAGGAAAACAAAUCCAGCUUCUCCAGUUUCUCCUCAUAACAGAAGUGUUCCAUCCCAGGCAACACCCCGGUAAAUCUUGGCACCCUAUCCAGUGCAGUCAUGUCCUUAAACCUGUUCGGGGCAUGACCAGGCAUUGGGGGUGAUGACCUGCCUUUCUCCCCUCAUGUUUUCCUGGUCUUUAGAAUUUCAGUGCCAAUGUUUGAGGAAUAGCCUGCACCAGGUGGCCCACCAGCUGAAAGCCUGGAUGUCCUCUGCCAGUGUCAACAGCUCCAUCAGUCAGCGAUCAACCCACCACGCGCAACUUCAGCUAUCUUUAAUCUGUGUGCACUCUACUCUGAGUCCUGACAGCCAAUGGACAGAGGAUCCCAUGCUGUGAAGCUUGAUGUAAAAGACUGGAGGUAGCACAAGGCAAUGGACUUAAUGCAGAUUUAAUGGGAUAGGUACAAUGCGCAGCAUGGACUUGAUGGGCUGAAGGGCCUGUUUCUGCUGUAUGACUACGGCACUCAUUAUCUGUAUCCCUCCACCCCACUCCCUUGCCCCUUAUGUCCUUCGCAUUAGUCUUUUUCAUGUGUAUACAGUAAAUACUUGGUAAUUUAAUAUACACUGAGUAUUAUAACUUGACACAGUGUUUAUAAUGUUUGCAACAAACAUCCAGUCUUCUAUUCAGCUUAAGGCAGGGCAGAAGCAGGAGGUCUUAAAACACCGUACCUCAUGUCACAUGACAAGCGUGCAAGAGGAAGGAGCUGAACACUGGUUGUCAGUGAGAGCGCACACUGCCAAGGCUAUUUGCAUUUGGCUUCAAAUUAGUGAUAUAACCCAUUCCAAAUAAUCUACAUGAAUUGGUUUUGAGUGCAGCUCACAAGCAAUAGACUCGUUGAGUCCCUGUAAGGGCGUUGUCUUGAUUGCUCAUUCGAGUCAAAGUCUAGGCAAAGGUCCCUUGGGGAAUGCAGUUCACCCUAUUAAACCAGAAUCUCUAAUGUUGUGUCACUGUACAGACAUUCCAGCUACAUGGAGUUAUUGUUUGCUUAAUAUCUCGCCAUACCAAAUGGUACUUCUGGUCCUUAGUCUAAAGCUCAUCCAAUUCUCCAGUGUCAUAGAGUCAUACAGCAUGGAAACAGGCCCUUCAGCCCAACUGGUCCAUGCUGACCAAGAUCCCAUCUAAGCUAGUCCCACUUGCCUGCAUUUGGCCCAUAUCCCUCUAAACCUUUCCUAUCCAUGUACCUGUCCAAGUACCUUUGAAUGUUAAUGUGCCUGCCUCAACCACUUCCUCUUCUUUCUUCAUGAGUUACCACAGCUAGCCUUAAUUUCACCUGUUUCUCUAUUUGACAUCAGUUGGAAAGAGAGCCGUUCAUCCCUUCUACACCCAGAGAAUUUGUGUAUACGUGUAACUGUGUGCAUGUGUGAGUAGUGUACAUUCACACGCGUGUGUUUGUGUCCAAGACUGUUCCCAAGUUCUCCGAUGUAAGAUGUCAGACUGAACUCCUGUUCUGACCAAGGUGAGGGUCAACUGCAAAUACUUGGCUUAGGCUUUUUAAAUAGAUUGCUGAUCAACCUUGUUUUGGUUCUUCCUGUCCCACCCCGUUUGAGGAGCCAUUUGGAUCCAAUUGACCUUUAUUCCUAUUUAUCUUAGCACUGGUACAGUAGGGUUUAUGGUGGAGUUGAUAAUCAGCUAGGCAGGUUAAUCAAAAACUCCAUAUUGCAUCUGAGAAACCAUGUGGGAAAAUCAUCCCACACACAUGUCCAGUGUUUGAUCCCACAAAAUUCCACUUUUCAGUCAUUACUUGGGUGCCUUCACACUUUGACUACCAUUGCUCCCAAUUCUUUUAGUCAUUCUUGACACAUAAGCAUUGUUGGAUAUAUCGUCCAUCCUUAACUGCCCCUGAACCAAGGUGGCUGUUGAGAAUCAUCCACAUUGGUGUAUCUGGAAUCACACAGGUCAGACUGGGCAGGCACUGAUUGAUAUCACUGAACCUGAGAAAAGUACUUCAUUUAAAAUCCCAGAUUUAUUUAACUACUUGAAUUUAAAUUCCCGCUGUCCUGGUGGGAUUUGAACUCGUGCCUCUGAUUCAGUGGUGCAGAACUCUGGCUGCUAGUCCAAUACCUUACCCACUAUACCAUUGUGUCCCUUUGAAGGAGGUGGUCAGGAAGGCAGCAGCAGAGUUUCUUGGCACUGAAAAUGGUCUGAGAAUUCUUUAUUGUUCACAGAUAUUUAGAGAUCUUUGUCCUUUUGUGGUCGUAUCUGACCUUGCCACUCAAAGGUUGAGGGGAAGGAGGUGGUUGAUGGAGGAGGGGGUGGUUAGUUGAUUGUAGGAUUGGAAAGAUAUACAAACAACAUGUUGUAUCUUAAAUCACAGGGAUUUAAGGUCACUGAAGCUUGUAACAGGUUGCUGACUGGUAAAAGCUGCUCCUGGUGAGCUGCUGCAGUGGAGGGAGAGCAGGCAUUGAGUAGAUGAUUGAAGGGUGGGGACUGAAGGUCUGGGGAUACCACAUGAUGGAGUAUGUCCUAAUAAUCUCAAAAGGAAAAUUACUGGGUCUUAAAUUUUAUGAUAGGGCAGAGCUAAAUGUAUAUCACCCAUUACACUUGCCACUCUGACCUGGUUCAUUCUUUAAGUGGUGUUUUUUUUCAGGCAGAGUAGCUGUGAAUGGAAUUCACUGCCUGUGAGAAUGGUGGAAACAGUCAGUGCCUUCAAAGGGGAACUGGAUAAGCACUUGAGGCAGAACUUCCAGAACUGUGGUGGUGGAAGUGGGUGGGGGAGGGGGGUGGUGGUGGGGAAGAGCAGGGGAACGGAAAUGAGUGGAUUGCUCGUGGGAUCUAGUGUCAGUACUCGGCUGCUUUUGUGCCUUAACGGUUCUGAGAUUCUGUGCCCACCGAUUGUGUGGCAUUGGAAGUGGAAGCAAGCAUCUGUCCUUUAAACCAAAGGCAAGCAUUAAGGUAAAACUGAGUUUAAGGUGCCUCUCAGUAUAGGAGCAGCUGCUUUGAGAGGGGGAAAGGUGCAGGAAGUGACAAAUUGAGAGAUCAUAUUUAAGAAUUGACAAAAUGCUCUUGAAGAGAAGGUUUUUCCUUCCGUACAUUUUCUAAAUGCCUUUGAGCUUUAAGCCAACAAGCAUUGCUGGAAAAUGUGGUUUCCAAACCAUGGAGUUGGACUUGGUUCAUGAGUUUAGGUUAAUGAAUUGCCAGAGUCAGACUUUGUUCAUGAAUUGUCCAUCUGGCCUUUGGUUCAUGGGUUGCUGGCCUGUGCCCUCUGUUAGAACAACUGUAACUGUUCGCUGUCACCUCACUAAUGCAAAGUGGUCUGUUGUAUCCUCUCGGGUACCUCCCAUGACUACCAGAGGCACAACAGUGGUGUGUGAGCUAUCCCGAGGGAAGUAUGGGCUAGUUUAGAAAGAAAAAGUCACAUCUCGGGUCGAAACCUUGUAUCAGGGCUAAGAGUGGAGAGCCAGGAUUGAUGCAGGGUUCCGACCUGAGAUAUCGACAAUUCCUUUCCCUCCACAGAUGCUGCUCAACCCGCUGAGUUCCUCUAGCAGAUUGUUUGCUGCUCCAGUUUAAAACAAAAUCACCUGGCAAGGGUCAAUCAUCUUUUCCAUUUUCCCAUUGAUGAGACAGCCAUGAAUUGCAGCCACAAUAAGUUUGUACCACAGUUGAAGCCUUUACUUUCCAAAGAUGCACCAGUUCUGACAAAUGGGAACUUUAAGAAGGACUCUGUUCUCCCUACCCUCGCGUGGAUUUCCCUUGAAGGGAUUUAUCCAGCAGUUAAUGAGAGUCUUGGGAUUCUUGUACUUCUUAACUGCAUAAUGGUUUCCUACAAUUUCUUGCACUUGACUGGAGAGAAAAUAUUGCUCAAGCUUUGAGAUGGUGGUGCUGAGUGCUGGGGGAGUUGUGCAGAAUUAAGUUCUAUAAACAAUUGCCUACUGACUAAUUCCAAAAGCGAGAUAAUUUCUCCAGAGAAAUGCAGUGAGUGGAGGAUGGAUUUGAUCUGUGUAGAAUCAAUCAGUUGCACACCGCCCUGUGACUAUUAGAUUUGAUAGCCAGGGAAUGAUGCAAUCACCUGAAAUCACACUGGCUACAGUAUUGUUGCAAUGUACUGCCCAGUAAAGUCCUGCAGUACUGGCUGACCUGUGUCAGGAGACUGGUCAUACCUCUCAGCUCUCUACCACACUUGAUAAGGAUAGUUGGCAUUACAGUGGUAGUGUCAUGGCAGCCUCACUUAAAGCUCAAAAACUUAAGCCUGGAGGAUUUAAUACUGACUGUAAAGAUUUUUUUUGUUGACUGACAGGUUAUUUAAUCUUCAAUUACAAAUGUUUGAGGACUCAAUUGAUGCAAAACUAAUCCGGGCAGGAUGUAUUAUGGUGGAAGAAAAUGGGACCAGAACCUAAUUUGCUCAUAGGCUAUUAAAAUACACUUGUUGUACAAUUUUACUUGCCUUCUAAUUAAUACAGAGGCAUACAAUCACUGAAUGGAAUCCUAGUCUGCUACUGGAGUCAGAGUGGGAUAAUGCUCCCUCUAGUGGCAGAAUGAAAAACCUGAUGUUGAAAAUCUCUGUAAUUAAACAACAUGGAAGUAAAUUUACUAUUUUCCUUGAAUUUUCAUAAUUAUUACUUUUCAAUGGAAAAUGUGAAAACAAUUGUAAUUCAA